AUGACGCAGUGCCUUCCUCAAACCCAGGCGGUUGCUUCAAAGACGGAUGAUGAGGUGGUGCUCCAAUGUGUCGCCUGCAUCCAGAAAGAGAACCGCAAGUUCUGCCUCACCGCCGAGGGGCUGGGGAAUCGCCUCUGCUACCUGGAGCCCACCUCAGAGGCUAAGUUUGUUCCUCCAGAUCUAUGCAUCUGUAACUUUGUGCUGGAGCAGUCUCUAUCAGUGCGAGCUCUGCAGGAAAUGCUGGCCAAAACAGGACUGAACAAUGAAGUGAGUAUCACCCAUGCAGCAGCUCAAGGGGGUGGUCACCGAACCCUGCUGUACGGUCAUGCCAUCCUGCUCAGGCACUCCUUCAGUGGAAUGUACCUGACCUGUUUAAAGACAUCACGGUCUCUGACUGACAAGCUGUCUUUCGAUGUGGGACUGCAAGAAGACUCGACAGGUGAGGCGUGUUGGUGGACCAUCCACCCUGCGUCCAAGCAGCGCUCUGAAGGAGAGAAGGUGCGCAUCGGGGAUGACCUCAUUCUCGUCAGCGUGUCUUCGGAGCGCUACCUGCACCUCUCUAUCUCCAAUGGAAACAUCCAAGUUGAUGCGUCCUUCAUGCAGACCCUGUGGAACGUCCACCCCACCUGCUCAGGAAGCAACGUGGAGGAAGGCUAUCUGCUGGGUGGCCAUGUGAUGCGUCUGUUCCAUGGGCAUGACGAGGUCCUCACCAUCCCAGCCUCAGAUCAGAGUGAAGAACAGCAGAGGAUAGUGAACUAUGAGACAGGAAAAGCAGGCGCCAAGGCCAGGUCGCUAUGGAGAUUGGAGCCACUGAAGAUCAGUUGGAGUGGGAGCCACAUGCGCUGGGGGCAGCCAUUCCGCCUGCGCCACCUGACCACCGGGCACUACCUGGCACUGACGGAGGACCAGGGGCUGGUGAUCGAGGACCGGGAGAGAUCUGACACGGCAUCCACUGCCUUCUGCUUCAGAGUCUCCAAGGAAAAGCUGGAGUCCAGUCCCAAGAGAGACAUUGAGGGCAUGGGAGUGGGCGAGAUCAAGUAUGGAGACUCCAUCUGCUUCGUCAUGCACAUGGCCACAGGGCUGUGGCUGUCCUACCAGGCGCCUGAUGCAAAAUCUGCCCGUCUAGGACCCCUCAAGAGACGGGCGUGCCUCCACUCCGAGGGGCACAUGGAUGAUGGCCUGACCCUACAGCGCUGUCAGCAUGAGGAGUCCUGUGCGGCCCGCAUCAUCCGCAACACCACCCGACUCUUCAGCCGCUUCAUUAGGGACUUGGAGAGUCUGGGGGGAAAGAACCGUGUGGCCGUGACUCUCCCCAUCGAGGAGGUUCUCCAGACACUCAAAGACCUCAUCACCUACUUCCAGCUCCCAGACGCUGAGCUAGAACACGAAGAGAAGCAGAUCAAACUGCGCUCCCUCAAGAACCGCCAGAACCUCUUCAAGCAGGAGGGGAUGCUAACUUUGGUGUCUAACUGCAUUGACCGGCUGAGUCUGUACAACAGUGCGGCCCACUUUGGGGAGUGUGCAGGGGAGGAGGCCGGGGAGGCCUGGAAGGAUAUCCUCAACCUGCUGUACGAACUGCUGGCUGCACUGAUCCGGGGAAAUAGGAAUAACUGCACCCAAUUCUCACACAAUCUGGACUGGCUGGUCAGCAAAUUGGAGAGGCUGGAGUCAUCAUCAGGCAUUCUGGAGGUCCUGCACUGCAUCCUAAUCGAGAGCCCUGAGGCGCUCAACAUCAUCCAGAGGGGACACAUUAAGUCCAUCAUCUCUCUGCUCUACAAACACGGACGCAACCACAAGAUCCUGGAUGUGUUGUGUUCGUUGUGCGUCUGCAAUGGCGUGGCAGUGAGAGCCAAUCAGAAUCUCAUCUGCGAUUACUUGCUCCCCAGAAGAGAUCUGUUACUCCAGACGCGAUUGGUCAAUGAUGUCCACAGCAUGAGGCCUAACAUCUUCCUUGGCGUGAGAGAGGGCUCUGCGCAGUACAAGAAGUGGUACUUUGAGCUGAUGAUCGACCAGGUGGACCACUUUGUCACCAGUGAGCCAUCUCACCUGAGAGUGGGCUGGGCCAACACCAAAGGCUACGCCCCUUACCCUGGGGGAGGGGAGGGCUGGGGGGGCAACGGUGUUGGAGAUGACCUCUACUCCUAUGGCUUCGACGGGCUGCAUCUGUGGUCAGGUCGUAUCCCGCGGGCCGUGGCCUCGGUGAACCAGCACGUGCUGACCUCAGAUGACGUGGUGAGCUGCUGCAUGGACCUGGGCGCUCCCAGCAUCUCCUUCCGCAUCAACGGCCAGCCUGUGCAGGGCAUGUUCGAGAACUUCAACGUGGACGGACUCUUCUUCCCUGUAGUGAGCUUCUCCGCCGGAGUCAAGGUGCGCUUUCUGCUGGGCGGUCGCCAUGGUGACUUUAAGUUCCUGCCUCCGUCGGGCUACGCGCCGUGCUACGAGGCGCUGCUGCCGCGGGAGAAGAUGCGCGUGGAGCCGGUCAAGGAGUACAAGAGGGACGCCGAGGGCGUCCGAGACCUGCUGGGCACCGCACAGUUCCUCUCCCAGGCCUCCUUCAUCCCCACGCCCGUGGACACCAGCCAGAUCGUCAUGCCUCCCCACCUAGAGAAGGUGCGAGACAAACUCGCCGAGAACAUCCACGAGCUCUGGGCCAUGAACAAGAUCGAGCUGGGCUGGUCUUACGGCAAGAUCAGAGAUGACAAUAAGAGACAACACCCCUGCCUGGUGGACUUCUCCAAGCUGCCUGAAACCGAAAAGAAUUAUAACCUCCAGAUGUCAACAGAAACCUUGAAGACACUGCUGGCUCUAGGAUGUCAUGUGGUACAAGUCAAUGCUAAUGCAGAGGACGACCUGAAGAAAGUCAAACUCCCAAAGAACUACAUGAUGUCAAAUGGCUAUAAGCCCACGCCUCUGGAGCUGUCAGACGUGAAGCUCACACCAGCCCAGGAGCUGUUGGUGGAUAAGCUGGCAGAGAACGCCCACAACGUUUGGGCCAAGGACCGCAUCAAGCAGGGAUGGACCUAUGGCAUCCAGCAGGACCUGAAGAAUAAGCGCAACCCCCGUCUAGUGCCCUACGCGCUGCUUGAUGAGCGCACAAAGAAGUCCAAUCGAGACAGCUUACGGGAAGCCAUCCGCACACUCAUUGGCUAUGGCUACAACAUAGAACCACCUGACCAGGAAGGGGGUCACGCGGUGGAGAGGCUGAGCAUCGAUAAGAUCCGCUUCUUCCGGGUGGAGCGCACGUAUGCGGUGAAGACAGGGAAGUGGUACUUUGAGUUUGAGGCGGUAACGGGGGGAGACAUGCGCGUGGGCUGGGCCCGGCCUGCCUGUAGGCCAGAUGUGGAGCUGGGGACGGACGACCUGGCCUUUGUGUUCGAUGGCUACAAGGGUCACCGGCUGCAUAUGGGCAGUCGUCUCUUUGGCCGGUGUUGGCACGCAGGUGAUGUGGUGGGCUGUAUGAUUAACAUGGAGGACAAGUCCAUGAUCUUCACCCUCAACGGAGAGAUUCUCAUCACCAACAAGGGCUCCGAGCUCUGCUUUGCUGACUUCGAGACGGAGGAUGGAUUCAUCCCUGUGUGCAGUCUGGGUCUGUCCCAGGUGGGCCGGAUGAACCUGGGCAAAGAUGCCAGCACCUUUAAGUACUACACCAUGUGUGGGCUGCAGGAGGGCUUUGAGCCAUUUGCUGUCAACAUGAACCGUGAGGUCACGAUGUGGUUUAGCAAGCGCCUGCCCACCUUUGUCAACGUGCCAAAAGACCACAAUCACAUUGCGGUGACCAGGAUCGACGGCACCAUUGACAGCCCGCCGUGUCUGAAGGUUACCCACAGGACCUUUGGGACGCAGAACAGCAACGCUGACAUGGUGUUCUGCCGACUGAGCAUGCCCGUGGAGUUCCACUCCACCUUCAAGAUCACCGCCUCCAUGGACAUCAACGGAGUGCACGAGGACGAGGCGCUCAAGCUUAAACACAGACACACAGUGAAAUCCAUGAAACACAUAGAGGACGGAAGGAGAACUGACUACAGCAGCAUUACCAUGUACUACCACUCUGUGAGGGUGUUUGCUGGACAGGACCCGUCCUGUGUGUGGGUGGGUUGGGUCACCCCUGACUACCAUUACCAUAGCAACAACUUCAACCUCAGUAAGAAUCGGAGCGUCACUGUAACCCUGGGAGAUGAGCGCGGGCGGGUCCAUGAGAGUGUAAAGAGGAGUAACUGCUACAUGGUGUGGUGUGGGGACAUCACUAGCUCCAGCCACUCGUCCAGCCGCAGUAAUGUGGAUCUGGAGCUGGGCUGCUUCAUUGACCUCUCCACUGGCCUUGUGGCCUUCACUGUCAAUGGCAAAGAGCUGACCACUUCGUACCAGGUGGAGCCGAAUACAAAGCUCUUCCCUGCUGUGUUUGUGCUCCCCACCAGUCCUAACCUAUUCCAGUUUGAACUGGCCAAGAUCAAGAACACCAUGCCCCUGUCGUCGGCGGUGUUUAAGAGUGAGCACCGUAACCCUGUGCCCCAGUGUCCACCCCGGCUGGACGUGCAGACCAUCAACGCCGUGCUGUGGAGCCGCAUGCCCAACUGCUUCCUGAAGGUGGAGACGGCGCGGGUCAGCGAGAGGCACGGCUGGGCUGUCCAGUGUGUGGAGCCGCUGCAGAUGCUGGCCGUUCACAUCCCUGAGGAAAACAGGUGUGUGGACAUUAUGGAGCUGUCGGAGCAGGAGGACCUGCGUAAGUUCCACUACCACACGCUCAAGCUGUACUGUGCCCUCUGUGCCCUGGGCAACACCCGCGUGGCACACGCCCUGUGCAGCCACCUGGACCAGGCCCAGCUGCUCUACACCAUCGACAACCAGUACCUGUCGGGGCAGCUGCGCGAGGGCUUCUACGACGCGCUGAUCAGCAUCCACCUGGAGACGGCCAAGGAGGCGCGCCUGAUGAUGAACAACGAGUUCAUCAUCCCCGUCACCGCGGAGACGCGCAGCAUCCGCCUCUUCUCCGACGCCUCCAAGAAGCACCAGCCCCCGGGCGUGGGCCUGAGCACGUCGCUGAAGCCGCGGCUGCACUUCGGCCCGCCCUGCUUCAUCUCCAGCACCAAGCGAGAGCAGCACCUGUACAGCCCGCAGAUCCCACUGGACGUGCUCAAGGAGAAGGCCAUCUCCAUGCUCACAGAGGCCGUGCAGGGUGGCGGUGAUCACAUCCGGGACCCGGUGGGCGGCAGCGUGGAGUACCAGUUUGUGCCCAUCCUCAAGCUCAUCGGCACACUGCUCACCAUGGGGGUGUUGGCCAGCCACGACGUCCACAAGAUCCUGCUGCUCAUUGAGCCCAACGUGUUCGGAGAGCAGAGGGAGGAGACUGGAGGUGGUGGUGGAGGAGUAGGUGGAGGAGACGGAGUGGGGAAGGAGGGGAUGAGCAGUGCGGAGGAGAAAGCGGUGGAGGCUGGGGAGGCGGAGGCCAAAGAUGCCAAGCAGCCCAGGAAGGGACUACUGGAGAAGAGGCUGCCUGAGUCAGUCAAACGACAGAUGUGUGAGCUUCUUCACUACUUCUGUGACUGUGAGCUGAAGCACCGCAUCGAGGCCAUCGUCUCCUUCUCGGACAUCUUUGUGUCUAAGCUGCAGUUCAACCAGAAGUUCCGCUACAACGAGCUCAUGCUGGCACUCAACAUGUCCGCUGCCGUGACCGCCAAGAAGACCAAGGAGUUCCGCUCACCACCCCAGGAGCAGAUCAACAUGCUGCUGAACUUCAGUACGGGGGAGGACUGCCCUUGUCCAGAGGAGAUCCAGGAGGAGCUCUACAAGUUCCACAACGAGCUGCGGCUCCACUGCGGUAUCCCCAUGGAAGAGGAGGAGGAGGAGCCAGACCUGACCAUCCGGGGCCGACUGAUGGCUCUGGUGUACAAGAUCAAAGGCCACCCUCAGAAGACUGAGCAGGAGCCGAAAGAGAAGGAGCUCGCUGCCCCCACAAACCUGAAGGAGCUGAUCUCCCAGACCAUGGUGUGCUGGGCCCAGGAGAGCCACAUCCAGGACCCCGAGCUGGUGCGCGUGAUGUUCAGCCUGCUGCGGCGGCAGUACGACAGCAUCGGGGAGCUGCUGCGCGCCAUGCGCAAGAGCUACACCAUCAGCGCCUCCUCUGUGCUGGACACCAUCCACCUGCUGGCCUCGCUCGGACAGAUCCGCUCACUGCUCAGCGUGCGCAUGGGCAAGGAGGAGGAGCAGCUCAUGAUCGACGGCCUGGGGGACAUCAUGAACAACAAGGUGUUCUACCAGCAUCCCAACCUGAUGCGAGUGCUGGGGAUGCACGAGACCGUCAUGGAGGUCAUGGUCAAUGUGCUGGGGGGAGGGAAAUCUCAGGAGAUUGCAUUCCCCAAGAUGGUGGCCAGCUGUUGCCGUUUUCUCUGCUACUUCUGUCGCAUCAGCCGGCAGAACCAGAAGGCCAUGUUUGACCACCUCAGCUAUCUGCUGGAGAACAGCAGUGUUGGCCUGGCUUCUCCCUCUAUGAGGGGAUCCACUCCCUUGGAUGUCGCUGCCUCCUCAGUGAUGGACAACAAUGGUUUGGCCCUAGCCCUAGAGGAGCCUGAUCUAGAUAAGGUGGUGACGUACCUGGCCGGCUGUGGUCUGCAGAGCUGCCCCAUCCUGCUGGCCAAGGGCUACCCCGACAUUGGCUGGAACCCUAUCGAGGGGGAGCGCUACCUCUCUUUCCUCCGAUUCGCUGUGUUUGUAAAUGGAGAGAGCGUGGAGGAGAACUCCAGUGUGGUUGUGAAGCUGCUGAUUCGCCGGCCGGAGUGUUUUGGCCCAGCGCUGAGAGGGGAGGGGGGGAACGGGCUGCUGGCGGCCAUGAAGGAGGCCAUAAAGAUCUCGGAGAGCCCGGCGCUGGACCUGCCCAGUGCUGCCCAGGGCAUCAGCUCUGACGCGUCGACUGAGGAUGAUGAGGAGGAAGAGGUGGUGCACAUGGGCAAUGCCAUCAUGUCUUUCUACUCGGCCCUCAUUGACCUGCUGGGGCGCUGUGCACCAGAGAUGCACCUCAUUAACAAGGGCAAAGGUGAAGCCCUGAGGAUCCGUGCCAUCCUUCGAUCGCUGGUGCCCACCGAAGACUUGGUUGGCAUCAUCAGCAUACCCCUCAAGAUGCCUAUUAUAAACAAAGAUGGUACUGUGACAGAGCCAGACAUGUCAGCCAGUUUCUGUCCGGAUCACAAGGCACCAAUGGUUCUGUUCCUGGACCGUGUGUACGGCAUCGAGGACCAGGCCUUCCUGCUCCACCUGCUGGAGGUGGGCUUCCUGCCGGACCUACGCGCCUCUGCAACACUCGACACGGACACCCUGCGCACCACUGAGACGGCCCUGGCCAUGAACCGGUACAUUGGCUCGGCCAUGCUGCCCCUGCUGACCCGCUGUGCGCCCCACUUUGCGGGCACUGAGCACCACGCCGCCCUCAUCGACUCCACCCUGCACACCAUCUACCGCCUCUCCAAGGGCCGCUCCCUCACCAAGGCCCAGAGGGACGCCAUCGAGGAGUGCCUGCUGGCCAUCUGCAAAUACCUGAGGCCCUCUAUGCUGCAGCAGCUGUUGAGGCGUCUGGUGUUUGACGUGCCACUGCUGACGGAAUACUGCAAGAUGCCUCUCAAGUUGCUGACCAACCACUACGAGCAGAACUGGAAGUACUACUGCCUGCCGUCCGGGUCAGGAAACUACGGAAUGGCUUCAGAAGAGGAGCUCCUGCUCACCAAAAAGAUCUUCUGGGGCAUCUUCGACUCACUCUCGCAGAAGAAGUAUGACCAGGAUCUGUUUAAGAUGGCCAUGCCCUGCCUAAGUGCCAUCGCCGGAGCCUUACCCCCUGACUACGUGGACUCGUCUCUGAGCAACACCAGCCUGGAGAAGACCUCGUCUGUAGACCAACAGGGCAACUUUGACCCCAAACCCAUCAGCACCGCCAACAUCUCUAUUCCAGAGAAACUGGAGUAUGUUGCCAACAAAUACGCUGAGCAUUGUCACGACAAAUGGUCUGCUGAGAAGGUUCUGCUGGGAUGGAAAUAUGGGGAUGGCAUCGACGAGAAAGCCAAGAUUCAUCACUUACUGAGGUCCUACAAAUCCCUCACUGAGAAGGAGAAGGAGAUUUACCGCUGGCCUGUGCGAGAGUCUCUGAAGAGCAUGCUGGCCAUGGGCUGGAACAUUGACCGCACCAAGGAGGGUGAGACAAUGUCCCAGCAGAGUGAGAAACUCCGCAAGGCCUCACAGGGGAAUGGCUUCAACCCGAGCCCACUGGACAUGAGCACCGUCCUUCUGUCCAGAGAGCUCCAGGGUAUGGUGGAGGUGGUGGCUGAAAACUACCACAACAUCUGGGCCAAGAAGAAAAAAAGUGACCUGGGAAGCAGGGGAGGGGGAACACACCCUCUGCUGGUGCCUUAUGAUACACUUACUGCAAAGGAGAAAGCCAAAGACCGAGAGAAAGCCCAGGACCUGUUCCGCUUCCUGCAGAUCAAUGGCUACUCCAUCACCAGGGGCUUGAAAGACAUGGAGCAGGAUAGCUCGUCCAUGGAGAAGAGGUUUGCCUACAAGUUCGUCAAGAAGCUGCUCAAGUAUGUGGACUCUGCACAGGAGUUCAUUGCUCACCUCGAGGCCAUGGCCAUGAGUGGGAAGAUGGAUAGAUCACCUCAUGAGCAAGAAAUCAAGUUUUUUGCCAAGGUCCUCCUCCCGCUCAUUGACCAGUACUUUAAGAACCACUGUUUCUACUUCCUGUCCUCCCCCAGUAAGAACCUCAGCAGCAGUGGCUACGCCUCCAACAAAGAGAAGGAGAUGGUCACCAGCCUAUUCUGUAAACUGGCAGCUCUUGUCAGACACAGGAUCUCUCUGUUUGGUAGUGAUGCGGCCACCAUGGUUAGCUGUUUGCACAUUCUGGCUCACACUCUGGACACCAGAACCGUGAUGAAGUCGGGUUCUGAGUUAGUGAAGGCAGGCAUGUGGACGUUCUUCGAGAAUGCAGCAGAGGACCUGGAGAAGACGCUGGAGAACUUGAAGCUUGGGAAGUUCACCCACUCCCGUAGCCAGAUGAAGGGUGUAUCGCAGAACAUCAACUACACCACGGUGGCCCUGCUGCCCAUCCUCACCGCCCUGUUUGAGCACAUCACCGAACACCACUUUGGAGUGGACCUCCUGUUGGACGAUGUCCAGGUGUCCUGUUAUCGUAUCCUGACCAGCCUGUACUCCCUGGGAACUGGCAAGAACAUUUAUGUUGAGAGACAGCUGCCCGCUCUGGGGGAGUGUUUGGCGACGCUGGCAGGAGCCAUGCCUGUGGCCUUCCUGGAGCCGCAGCUGAACACACACAACCCCUGCUCUGUGUUCAACACCAAAACACCACGAGAGCGCGCCAUCCUGGGGAUGCCGGACACUGUGGAGGACAUGUGCUCAGAGAUCCCACGUCUGGGCGGCCUGAUGAAGGACAUCAAUGAUCUGUCGGAGUCGGGGGCGCGCUACACAGAGAUGCCCCACGUCAUCGAGGUGGUACUGCCCAUGCUGUGCAACUACCUGUCCUACUGGUGGGAGCGCGGGCCGGAGAACCAGGCCGCCACCCUCAAGAGUGGCGCAGGACCCAUCUGCUGUGCCACCGUCACCUCAGAGCACCUGAGCGUCAUCCUGGGCAACAUCCUCAAGAUCCUCAACAGCAACCUGGGCAUCGAUGAGGCCUCAUGGAUGAAGAGGAUCGCAGUGUACGCCCAGCCCAUCAUCAGCAAGGCGCGUGCAGACCUCUUGAAGACCCACUUCCUGCCCACGCUGGACAAGCUGAAGAAGAAGACGGUGAAGGUGGUGACCGAGGAGGAGCUUCUGAAGGCUGACAGCAAGGGGGACACCCAGGAGGCCGAGCUGCUCAUCCUGGAUGAGUUUGCUGUACUGUGCCGUGACCUCUAUGCUUUCUACCCCAUGCUCAUACGUUAUGUGGACAACAACAGAUCCAGAUGGCUGAAGGAGCCGGAUGCAGACUCCAACGAGCUCUUUAGGAUGGUGGCUGAGAUCUUUAUUCUCUGGUGCAAAUCACAUAAUUUCAAACGGGAGGAGCAAAACUUUGUGGUGCAGAAUGAGAUCAACAACCUCUCGUUCCUCACGGGUGACAGCAAAACUAAGAUGUCAAAGUCUGGAGGUCAGGACCAGGAGCGCAAGCACAAGAAGCGGCGGGGCGAGUUCUACUCCAUCCAGACCUCCCUGAUCGUGGCUGCCCUCAAGAAGAUGCUGCCCAUCGGCCUCAACAUGUGCACGCCUGGUGACCAGGAGCUCAUCUCACUGGCCAAGACCAGAUACAGCCUGAAAGACACGGAUGACGAGGUCAAGGAUCACAUACGACACAACCUCCACCUGCAGGAGAAGUCAGAGGACCCGGCAGUCAGGUGGCAGCUGAACCUUUACAAGGACGUGGUGGUCAGGAACGAGGGGCCUCCUGACCCGGAGCGGACGGUUGCCCGUGUCCAGGGCCUGUCUGCAGCUGUCUUUCACCUGGAGCAGGUGGAGCAGCCACUGAGGUCUAAGAAGUGUGUAUGGCAGAAGCUCCUCUCUAAGCAGCGCAAGCGUGCGGUGGUGGCCUGCUUCCGUAUGGCUCCCCUCUACAACCUGCCCAGGCAUCGCUCUAUUAAUCUCUUCCUUUUGGGCUAUCAAAGAAUUUGGAUAGAGACAGAGACCUACUCCUUUGAGGAGAAACUAGUGCAGGACUUGGCAAAAACACAGGUGAAACUGGAGGAAGAGGAGGAGGUGGAAGCAGAGAAGCAGCCAGAUCCUCUCCAUCAGCUCAUCCUGCAUUUUAGCCAUAAUGCCCUCACAGAGCGGAGUUCUUUAGAUGAGGACCCUCUGUAUAUGGCAUACGCAGACAUGAUGGCAAAGAGCUGUGCAGAAGAUGGAGAAGAGGAGGAGGGAGAGGGCAAGUCGUUUGAGGAAAAGGAGAUGGAGAAACAGAAGACGUUGUACCAACAGGCCAGACUGCAUGACAGAGGGGCCGCUGAGAUGGUUUUGCAGAUGAUCAGUGCCAGCAAGGGUCGAUUGGAUCCCAUGGUGACGUACACUCUUAAAUUAGGCAUCUCCAUCCUCAACGGUGGCAACAUUAUCGUCCAGCAGAAAAUGCUGGAUUACCUGAAGGAGAAAAGGGACGUUGGCUUCUUCAAGAGCUUAUCUGGACUCAUGCAGUCAUGCAGUGUCUUGGAUUUGAAUGCCUUUGAGAGACAGAAUAAAGCCGAAGGUUUGGGCAUGGUGACUGAGGAAGGAUCAAGUUCCAAGGUUCUUCAGAACGAUGAAUUCACAAAGGAUCUGUUUAGGUUCCUUCAGCUGCUGUGUGAGGGCCACAACAACGACUUCCAGAAUUUCCUGCGGACUCAGACUGGAAAUACAACCACAGUGAAUAUUAUCAUCAGCACUGUGGACUACUUACUUCGAUUGCAGGAAUCAAUCAGUGAUUUCUAUUGGUACUACUCUGGGAAGGAUGUCAUGGACGAGGCUGGCCAGAGAAACUUCUCCAAAGCCCUGGCAGUGGCCAAGCAGAUCUUCAACUCCCUCACAGAGUACAUACAGGGUCCAUGUAUAGGAAACCAGCAGAGUCUGGCUCACAGCAGGUUGUGGGAUGCAGUGGUGGGAUUCCUCCAUGUGUUUGCCAACAUGCAGAUGAAGUUGUCACAGGACUCGAGCCAGAUAGAGUUACUGAAAGAGCUGAUGGAUCUGCAGAAGGACAUGAUUGUCAUGAUGCUAUCUCUUCUGGAAGGUAAUGUGGUGAAUGGGACCAUUGGGAAACAGAUGGUGGACACACUUGUGGAGUCGUCCAGUAACGUGGAAAUGAUCCUCAAGUUCUUCGACAUGUUCCUUAAAUUAAAGGACCUAACUACCUCAGACAAUUUCAAGGAGUAUGACCCCGACAGCAAAGGGGCCAUCUCUAAGAAGGAGUUCCAGAAGUCCAUGGAGAACCAGAAGCAGUACUCGCAGUCAGAGAUCGAGUUCCUCCUCUCAUGCGUCAAGGCCGACGAGAACGACAUGUUCAACUACGAGGAGUUCGUAGAGCGCUUCCAUGAGCCUGCCAAGGACAUCGGCUUCAACGUGGCCGUGUUGCUCACAAAUCUCUCGGAGCACAUGCCCCACGAUGGCCGCCUGGCCGCCUUCCUGGACCUGGGCGAGAGCCUGCUGAGUUACUUUGAGCCGUACCUCGGCCGCAUCGAGAUCCUGGGCAGCGGCAAGCGCAUCGAGCGCGUCUACUUCGAGAUCAGCGAGUCAAGCCGCACGCAGUGGGAGAAACCACAGGUGAAGGAGUCCAAACGGCAGUUCAUCUUCGACGUGGUCAACGAGGGUGGUGAGAGCGAGAAGAUGGAGCUCUUUGUCAACUUCUGCGAGGACACAAUCUUCGAGAUGCAGCUGGCCUCGCAGAUCUCCGAGCCCGACGCCCUCGAGCGUCCUGAGGAGGACGAGGAGGACGACGUGGCCAGUGUGGCCGAGGAGGCCGACGAGGACGACGAAGACAAUGCCCUGGAGUCCUCCUCUGCAUUUGCCGUUGCCUGCGUCUCCAUGAAGAAGAGCUUCUCGGGCUUCUGGAAACUUCUGACUUUCAAGAGCAUGCGCCGGCAGUACAAGCGCUUCCGGAAGAUGAGCGUGCGGGAGAUGGUGCGUGGCUUCUUCUCCUUCUUCUGGGUGAUCUUCACCGGCCUCUUCCGCUUUCUCUACAGCCUCGUCUGGGGCUUCUUCCACAUCCUGUGGAGCUCCAUGUUCGGUGGUGGCCUGGUGGAGGGUGCCAAGAACAUGAAGGUGACGGACAUCCUGGGCAAUAUGCCCGACCCCACGCAGUUCGGCAUCCACGGCGAUGUGCUGGAGGCCGAGAAGAUGGAAGCGUGCGAGGGGGCGCUCUCGGUGACUGAGAUGGAGCAGAACGCUGCUGCUGACCAGGCUGAGGCCGACCUCAUGGCCGAGCUGCUCAACAUCCAGCCCAAGAAGGAGGGGGGCAAGCACGUGGAGCCAGGGCUGGGUGAUGUCUCUGAGGUAGUGGGGGUGGACGCCCCAUCCAUAGCAGCAGCUGUGAGGCAGAAGAAGGCUCAGAAGGAGGCUGCUCAUAAGAAGGCAGAGGCAGAGGCCGAGAGAGAACAGAGAGAAGGAGAGAAGACAGACCUGGAGGACGGGGAGAAGAAGGACCUGGACAAGAACAGAGAUGAGACCCCCCCAAACACACCUGCAGAGGAGGAGAGGAGGCUCCCCAAGAAGCGCCCCCGGCAGAAGGAGGAGCCACCAGAGGCGUUCAUGGCCAGCUUCUUUGCAGGCCUUGAAAUCUACCAGACAAAGAUGCUGAACUAUCUGGCAAGGAACUUUUACAACCUCCGUUUCUUGGCCUUGUUUGUGGCUUUCGCUAUCAACUUCAUUCUGCUGUUCUAUAAGGUAAUAUGGCACUCUAAUUCAGUCACACUUUACUUGUAUGAGGAGGACCCGUGGAACGGGGGCCAGGUGGAGGAGGAGGAGGGGGCGAUGGAGUACUUUGUCCUGCAGGAGAGCACAGGCUACAUGGCCCCCACGCUGCGCUUUCUGGCUGUGCUGCACACCCUCAUCUCUUUCCUAUGCGUGGUGGGAUACUACUAUCUCAAGGUGCCUUUGGUGGUGUUCAAGAGGGAGAAAGAGAUCGCCAGGAAGCUGGAGUUCGAUGGCCUCUACAUCACUGAGCAGCCCUCGGACGACGACAUCAAAGGACAGUGGGACCGGCUGGUCAUCAACACACCAUCCUUCCCAAACAACUACUGGGAUAAGUUUGUCAAACGCAAGGUGAUCAAUAAGUACGGGGAUCUGUAUGGUGCUGAGCGCAUUGCUGAGCUGCUGGGCCUGGAUAAGAGUGCGCUUGACUUCAACCCUACAGAGGAGGCCGUGGUGAAGGAGGCAUCACUCGUCUCCUGGCUGAGCUCCAUUGACACCAAAUAUCAUAUCUGGAAAUUGGGAGUGGUCUUCACAGACAAUUCUUUCCUGUACCUUGUGUGGUACACCACCAUGUCUAUUCUAGGACACUACAACAACUUCUUCUUUGCUGCUCAUCUGCUGGACAUCGCCAUGGGCUUCAAGACGCUCAGGACCAUCCUCUCCUCAGUCACCCACAAUGGCAAACAGCUGGUGUUGACGGUGGGGCUGUUGGCUGUGGUGGUGUACCUCUACACUGUGGUGGCCUUCAACUUUUUCCGCAAGUUUUACAACAAGAGUGAGGAUGAGGAUGAGCCAGACAUGAAGUGUGAUGACAUGAUGACCUGCUACUUGUUCCACAUGUAUGUGGGUGUGCGUGCCGGAGGGGGCAUUGGUGACGAAAUCGAGGACCCGGCGGGUGACCCUUACGAGCUCUACCGCAUCCUCUUCGACAUCACCUUCUUCUUCUUCGUCAUCGUUAUCCUCCUGGCCAUCAUCCAGGGUUUGAUCAUUGAUGCUUUUGGGGAACUGAGAGACCAACAGGAACAGGUGAAAGAGGACAUGGAGACAAAGUGCUUCAUCUGUGGAAUCGGCAAUGACUACUUUGACACGACGCCCCACGGCUUUGAGACCCACACGUUGCAAGAGCACAACUUGGCUAACUAUCUGUUCUUCCUGAUGUACAUAAUCAACAAGGAUGAAACUGAGCACACAGGACAAGAGUCAUAUGUUUGGAAGAUGUACCAGGAGAGAUGCUGGGACUUCUUCCCAGCUGGAGACUGCUUCAGGAAACAGUAUGAGGACCAGCUAGGCUAAAUGAGAGCUUUCACACACUCCUUCUCUCUCUCCUCUCUCUCUCUCUCUCUCUCUUUCUUUCUCUCUCCCUCACUCUUUCUCUCUCUCUCUCCCUUCUCCACUGAUCCUGCUGUCUCAGUCCCUGAGCUUCAGUAGGAAUACAAAUGCUAAGCUCCAAUCAUAUUCAAAACAGCCAACGUCUGACUACCCCACAACCCAAUAGGAACACCAGAGGGAGAAGUCAAGAUCUUGUUUUUUUUGUAUAAUGGAAGGACUGUUUCGUGUCACUUGUCAAAUGUACCCUUUGUGAUCUUUGGUACAAUGUUACUUCUACCAGAGAGACACAACAAAAGUGUCAACCAAGAAAAAGACCCUGACAUUUCAGAAUUUUCUUUCAGUUUUGGGAAAUAUAUGAAUAUAUUUUUCCUUCUUUUCGUUCUUGACAAACGUGUUGCCUUUCUUCAACUUGGCCCUAAACCAUUGCACAAAUGUUUUCGUCUCUCGGAGAACUGUGGGAUUGCGUCGGGGGGGAGGGUUUUACAGAGCAAGACGUUGGAGAUGACACCCGCCCUAUUAUGCACAAGAACAUUUCUUCGAUCUUUCUCAGAAUGUUGAAAUCGAGACUUACGCUUAACAGAGAGGGUGAAAUAGAUUUCUAUGUCAAGUGUAAAAUGUGUUUUAUGGGGACAUUUGCAAAUUUCUUUACCAUGCUUGCUGAGACGAUGUUUGUGAAAAUGUGGACAAGUUCAGACUGAGGGGAAAAACAAAAAAAGGUUGAUUAUGCGAUGAAAUGCCUAAUAUCAAGUUUUGAUAAAGUGCCUUACGUACAUGACUACAAAGCUAUGCAAACUCGUUGAUUUUAUUUACAGUAUGUUUGUGCAGUACUCCUGGAUUUAGCAACAAGCAGUUUUGAAUUAGUCUGUGGCUCAUGUUAUUUUUUUCAUUUGGGAUAAGGACAAACUGUCUCUGAGUUUCUUGCCAAAUAACAGUACUCUGACUGCAAAUGUUCAUGGUACUAUGACUACGAAAUAUUCACAGAAAAUUCACAGAGUUUAUUGAUCAUGUUGAAAUGAAAUGAAAUGAAAUAGAAACAAAAUGCUAUUGUAUGGCCAUUUGUAUGUUGUAGCUUCGCUGAUCUGUGCAUUUCUUUUGAAG